UACACCAUAUCACUAAAGAUACCAUCACCCCAGCCACUACUAUUCCCUGCAAACAUCCAAAAAUAUUCAUACAAAAUCUAUACAAGUUUGAUCAAUUUUCCAAAAAUUUAAAACAAAAAUGUUCCCAAUUUCUUCUGUUUUCUUGAAACCACAAAUGAUAGCAACGGCCCGGCGGGGAAUUCAUUACUUAAAAGCGGCAAAAGUACCGGCGGAGGUGAUUGAAGAAGGCCAAAAACGUGUGAUCGACGCUUCUCUAAGUCUUAUUCGCGAGAGUGCAAAGCUUAAGGGAGAGCUGGUGCGUGCUUUAGGAGGCGCUGUAGCGACAUCGUCUCUUAUUGGAAUACCAUUAGGACAUAAUUCAUCAUUUCUUCAAGGUCCUGCUUUUGCCCCACCUCUAAUUAGAGAAGCCAUUUGGUGUGGCAGCACUAACUCAACAACUGAAGAAGGGAAAGAAUUAAGAGAUCAAAGAGUUCUAACUAAUGUUGGUGAUCUCCCUGUCCAAGAAAUGCGAGACUGUGGCGUAGAUGACGACAGGUUAAUGAAUGUCGUUAGCGAGUCUGUCAAGCUGGUCAUGGAACAGGAACCUUUACGUCCGCUAGUUUUAGGUGGCGAUCAUUCCAUAUCUUAUCCUGUUGUACGAGCUGUUUCUGAGAAGCUUGGCGGACCUGUGGAUGUUCUUCAUCUCGACGCUCAUCCUGAUAUCUAUGAUGCCUUUGAAGGAAAUAAAUAUUCUCAUGCUUCUUCAUUUGCCCGAAUAAUGGAAGGGGGUUAUGCACGGCGGCUUUUGCAAGUGGGAAUCAGAUCAAUAAAUAUAGAAGGCAGAGAGCAGGGAAAAAGGUUCGGAGUGGAGCAAUAUGAAAUGCGAACCUUCUCAAGAGAUCGACAGUUUUUGGAAAAUCUGAAAUUAGGAGAAGGCGUGAAGGGAGUGUAUAUCUCAAUAGACGUGGACUGUCUUGACCCGGCCUAUGCUCCGGGUGUGUCUCACAUUGAGCCGGGUGGUCUCUCUUUUCGCGAUGUUCUCAACAUCCUCCACAACCUUAAAGGCGAUCUUGUUGCAGCGGAUGUGGUUGAAUUUAAUCCACAGCGCGACACUGCUGAUGGGAUGACUGCAAUGGUUGCAGCCAAAUUUGUAAGAGAACUCGCUGCAAAGAUGUCGAAAUGAUAAAAUCUCACAUUUUCAUCUAGUGAAGAAAGGGAAUUAUUCAACAUGUGUCGUCCUUGCAGCUAGUAUUUUAUCAGUCAUAAGAGGUGACCGUCGAGCUUAUUUUGUUUAGCUUGUCUCGCUUCUUGAAUGAAUUAAUCUGUAUAUAUUUCCGAUUAUCGAAUAAAGGUCAUGUUGUGAAAUUAGGCCUAGUGGAAACCAAUAUAUAAUUAACUAGAAAAAUAAAAGUUGUAGGUUAAACAAACAAAUAAAAAUACAAAAUAAAAGAUUUACAUUGUUUGA